CGAUUACAGCUACGACUACCGUACGACUACUAUUCUUUCUGGCCACUGAAAAGAAAUUAUUGAAGUCGAAGCAUCGCAACUGAUACCUACCUACCGUAUACGAACUUUUUAACCACUCCCUUGUCACAGCAUUUGUUUAGUAUUAGGCAUGACGCAAACUCUCCCUAGGUUCCCGUCGUUGUCGAUCUUGCUGCUGCUUCCAUUGCUGGCGGCAGCACAAGCCAUCGUUGAGGAUGAGGAUCCCUUUGUUUCCACCUGCACAAAUCGGUUCGAACGAGAUGUCCUGUGCAAUUCCAUCAACGAUCGGAUCGAUUGGACGAUGAAACUGCAAAGGAAGGAUCUGACGUACUGCCCGGCGAGCUGCCGGACCUGCAAGAACUACGACUAUUUUGAUUCCAAUGCCGCGGAUGUAUUCGGGCGGGGCUUUUACAGUCACGAUAUGAAUGGAACCAUGUAUUACAAUGACGGAGAUGGUCACCGAUUGAAGAUCCAUUACGACAACUACGGCAAUUUGUACGACGAAGACCGAAAUCCGAUUCACGACCAGGACGGAAAUUGGAUCUUCGACCCUUCGCUAAUGCAUCCAACAACACCCUAUGAAAUGCAAACUUUUUACGAAUCCGUCCAUUGUGCCAGAGACUUUGGAAGAAUUCAAAACAUCUGGAAGACGGGCGACAACGACAGAAUGUACGAGCGCAUUCUUCGAGACUUUUCCCAAUACUCUCCCACAGUCCUUUCUCGGCCGGAAGACUCGGACUAUGCCUCUUCACGAACCGCAAAGGACAAUCCAGAUGUUGGUGUUGGCCCAUGGUUGAUCCAACUUGAAAACUUUUUGACCGAGGAAGAAUGCGACGAGAUGAUUGCUCAGACGAAGAUUGCCAUUGAAGGGGACGACACUACCUGGGCAGGUAUAGCAAACGAUACGGAGGCGACCCAAAUGGGCGGGGUCUGCCAAUCAACGCAGGCUUGGUGUGACCCCGAUCACUGCAUGAAUCAAGAGAUUCUUCAGGAAUCCUGGUCGAAAAUCGAGGACCUGGUUGACAUUCCAUUUGCCACCCACGCGGAACCCGUUCACUUCAUCCAGUACGUCCCCGGUCAAAAGUAUGGAAGCCACACAGAUGCAAUCCCCGACGAAUACGACUCCAUGUAUGGUCCUCGUCUUUUCACUAUUUUGUUCUAUUUGAACGAUGUCGAUGAUGGGAACGGAGGCCAGACCUGCUUUCCCAAGAUUGAGCGGGCGUACCCGGAUGCAUCGAACUCCACAGUAUUCCAAGAACCAAUUUGUGUCCAACCAAAGAAGGGCCGUGCCGUGAUCUGGCCCAAUAUUCUUAACGAGAUUCCCGACGACAGAGUGGAAAUUCCCGACGACCGCACCUGGCACGAGGCUCACGGCAUUACGGAGGGCUACAAAUUCGCCUCGACGGUCUGGUAUCACUUGAGAAACUUUUCUUACGCCGAAGAUAUUGGGUGCACGAAUAUUUACACCGACGGUGGCGAUUAUAUUGAGUACGGUUACGAUUACGAUGACUUUGAUGACGAUGGCUAUGCUUAUGAGGGAGAAGGGGGUGAUUCGUAUGACGAGGAAGACGAGGACUCUAAUUCUUUCGUCACCAGUAAUUAUGUCGGUCACGACGAUGAAUUUGACGAACUGCCCGUUGCCUACACGUAGCUACUUUGGAAUCGACGACAUACCGUGCUAAUUUUUUUUAAAAAAAUAAAAAAGACCUUGUGCAAUAGACUUUUCGAAGGAGUUCUUUUCUUCUAAACCGUAUCAAUAUAACUUACUUAUCGAG